GGAGAGAGAGAGGGAAAGUGCAAAAAGGGGGCAGAACAGAACAGAAGCAGCCAAAAGGCGGGGACUUGCGGAUUCGAACUCACCGCCUUGUCCUCUCCCCGCUGUUUUCUCACCAUCUCUCCCCUUCACUCUCGAAACCCUUCCCCACCCCACCUCCCCAAUCCCCACCCAUUUUUUUCAGCUUCUCUCUCUCUCUCUCUGCAACACUGAAACAAACUCUCUCUGUCUCUCUCUCUCUCUCUCGUCGCUUUCAUGGAGAUCUCUGACGAAGAUCGUAAUCGAACACUGGAACAAUCCCUAUCUCAAAUUCAGUUGCAAUCUCACUCUCACUCUCACUCGCAGAACCACCGUUCUUCGUUUCCUUCUCCUUCGAAUCGCUCCUUCCCUCCUCCUCCUUCUCACUUUCGAAGGCCUCUUCCUUUCGCUUUCAUUCCUCCUCCCAAUGACUCCAAUCGUUCCUCCUCCUCCUCCGCAGCUACUUCUACGGACUUCCAGACUACUGAUACAUCCUUCGCCUUUUCCAAAUUCCCGCAAACAAAUGAAAUUGGUAACUGCAAGGCUAAGACUAGCAGACUAGCAACUAUAGAAGGGCGUAAUGAAGCGGAUCUUGUUAACAACACUUUACUUGGACCAGAGACUUGCACAGGUGGUAAGCGUUAUGGUAAACCAAAGGUUGCAAGACAUGGGACUCAAGGUUCAAAUGCAGACCCUCCUGAUGGUCUGAAUGCAGUGAGUGGUUGUCGUUAUGACAGUUCUUUAGGAUUGUUAACGAAGAAAUUUAUUAGUUUGAUCCAGGAGGCUAAGGAUGGAACCCUCGACCUCAACAAGACUGCAGACGUGUUGGAGGUCCAAAAGAGAAGAAUAUAUGAUAUUACUAAUGUUCUUGAAGGGAUAGGAUUGUUAGAGAAAACUGCAAAGAACCAUAUACGCUUGAAGGGAUUUGGAAUGAUGGCACCAGGAGAGGUGGAUGAUCAGUUUACUACAUUGAAGGCUGAAGUUGAGAGCUUAUAUGAUGAAGAGUACAGGCUUGAUGACUGUAUAAGGGAAAAGCUAGAGCUUUUGAGGACCGUGGAAUGUAACGAAAAUUGUCAAAAGUACCUCUAUUUGACAGAGGAAGAUAUCAUGAGUGUUCCUUGUUUCAAGAACAAAACUCUUAUUGCAAUAAAAGCUCCGCGUGCUAGUACUGUUGAAGUUCCUGAUCCUGACGAGGACAUCAGUUUCCCACAAAGGCAGUUUAGACUAGUUGUUAGAAGCAGCACAGGGCCAAUUGAUCUGUAUCUGCUGAGCAAAAAUGGAGGGCAAGAUGAGGAUGUAACUGUCAAGCAGGUAAACUCAACAGAUUCACGCUCUUCGGGUGGUGGCCGACAUACAAAUCUGUCUUUAGAUCACCAAAAUAAUCUGAAAAUGGCUCCUGAUACUUUGAGCCCAAUAGGAUCAAAGGUUUCUGGGAUUCAAAAGAUUGUUCCAUCAGACUGUGAUGUUGAUGAUGAUUAUUGGUUCCGGCCAGAUCAUGAAGUAAGCGCUAUUGAUUUGUGGGGUAUGGAAUAUCCUUAGCCGGUAAUGCAGUGAAUUUUGAUUCCUGGAAUUUCUGAACCUUGAUGAUGAUUAUUGGUUCCGGCCAGAUCAUGAAGUAAGCGCCAUUGAUUUGUGGGGUAUGGAAUAUCCUUAGCCGGUAAUGCAGUGAAUUUUGAUUCCUGGAAUUUCUGAACCUGGUCCUGCAAACUAUUCAAGCCCUGCUGCCCAUUACAAAACCCGUAUUUGUUUUCCCAUAAUCCUUUGUUACUCCCGGCAAAUGAGGAAUGGGACCGAGCAUAUGGGCUUUCUGCCAAGUCCAUCCUAGAACGCGCAUCACAGUAUUGUUAAGCUAUCAGCAGCGCCAGCUGGUAUUGCCCAUAAACUAGAUGGAAAUCGUUCUCAAAAAAAGAAGAUGAUGGAAAUAAAUAGUUGGUAGUUGGAGAUAACUGUAAGGUUUGGCUCAUUUUAAAAUGUAAAUUUUGCACCUAGAUUUAAAAGAGAAAAAAAACAUUUUGUAAUUUUUUUUGGUUGUAUUGAUUAUCAUUAUAGUAGUGACUAAUCAAUAAUUUUUGCCCUUGUUUUUCCUCUG